AUGGAGAGCCGGCAGCUCCUGCUGCUGGUGCCGGUGUCUCCUGGAGGGAUCCUUGCCCAUGCCUGGGCACAGUGCCGGCAGCGCCCGGGCAGUGGCGACUGUGGGCUCGUGAUCCACUCGGACUCGGAUGAAGGUGACGGCUCCAUCAAGUACACCAUCUCCGGGGAGGGUGCGGGCACCAUCUUCCUCAUCGACGAGAUCACGGGCGACAUCCACGCCACGGAGCGCCUGGACCGGGAGCAGAAGACCUUCUACACGCUGCGGGCGCAGGCGCGCGACCGGCAGACGGACCGGCUGCUGGAGCCCGAGUCGGAGUUCAUCAUCAAGGUGCAGGACAUCAACGACAGCGAGCCCCGCUUCCUCGAGGGGCCCUACAUCGGCAGCGUGGCCGAGCUCUCCCCCGCCGGCACAUCUGUGAUGCAGGUGAUGGCAUCUGAUGCUGACGACCCCACGUACGGGAGCAGCGCUCGGGUGGUCUACAGCGUGCUGGAGGGCGAGCAGCACUUCACUGUGGACAGCAAAACAGGUGUGAUCCGGACGGCGGUGGCUGACCUGGACCGCGAGACACAGGACCGAUACGAGGUGGUGAUCCGAGCCACAGACAUGGCGGGGGAGCGGGGCGGGCCGGCGGGGGGCCCCCCCGGCCCCCAUGGACCUGCAGAGCGAGCUGAGAUGUACCAGUUCAGCGUGGCGGAAACCGCCCCUGUGGGCACUGCCGUGGGGAGGGUGAAGGCAGAGGACUCGGACGUCGGGGAGAACACGGACAUGACGUACCAGGUGAAGGACGAGGAAGGCGUGGAGAUGUUCAGGGUCACCACAGACAGCAACACCCAAGAGGCCAUCAUCAUGGUGCAGAAGCCUCUCGACUACGAGUCCAAGAAGGUGCACACCGUCGUGGUGGAGGCCCUCAACAAGUUUGUGGACCCGCGGUUCGUGGACCUGGGCACCUUCCGGGACCAGACCAUCGUGCGAGUGUCGGUGCUGGACGUGGAUGAGCCCCCCGAGUUCCGACCCCCCUCGGACCUCAUGGAGGUGCAGGAGGACGCGCACGUUGGCUCCAUCGUGGGGGUGGUCACCGCCCUUGACCCGUACGCCAUCGACCGCAGCACCGACACGGAGAGGAUCUUCGACAUCGAUGCCAACACGGGAGCUAUCGUGACGGGGAAGGUCCUGGACCGGGAGACGGCCGGGUGGCACAACAUCACCGUCCUGGCCAUGGAGGCAG